CCACCACCAGUUCAUACAUCCCAGAAUUCCAUGUGCUUUAAUGUAGGUUUGCUGCCAAUUCCCUUCAACUUAAAAAAAAAGGCUCUCUCUUUUCAUCUCUUUCAUAAAGGAGGUUUCUUUCGAACACAGAGAAGCAUUAGGUGUCUAGUUUUUAUUGAACCCAGAAAAGAAAUACUAUAUAUAUAUACUACUGUACUAUAAAAAGGAAGGCUGCCUUAAAUCUGGGAUUCUCUCGACUAUAAGGAGUUAUAGGCGUUUGGAAAUGGGUUUGUUUUGAAAUGUGUUUUCGGGCUUCUCAUAUCACAAGAGAUCUGGGUUUUUAGAGUCUUGAUUUAUCGUCUCUGUGGGCGGUCGCGAGAGUUGUCUGUGGAGUUCGCUUCCUAAAUCUCAUCAGUUAAAGGCAUCUUGGUGUUGUCAAUAAUGGCAUCUGUCAACGAUGUAUUAUCAAAGACAACACCUAUUUUUCACCUUAAAGUCUGGGUUUUGAUAGGGAUCUUGGUUGGGAUGUCCAUUGUGAUUAUUCUGUUGGUGCUAUCGAUUUGUCUUACCUUCCGAAAGAAAUCCAGAAGGGUUAAUGACACGCUUCCAGUUAGCCAAAUCCCAACUGUGUCAAAGGAGAUCAAAGAGAUCAGGGUUGACCGAAAUUCAGCUCCUAAUGGUGAUUUCCUCACCCUUCAAGAUAAGUUCAAUGAUAACGUCUCAGACGAGCAUUUGAAGCGUCCAAGUCUAGACAAAACAAAGAAUGCAGUUAAUAGCGGUCAAUCAGACUCAUUUAAUCAUUUAGAGAAAGUUGAUGAUGGCUCUCAAUCAGGAGAAAAAGGGAGUAUAUUUGAAUCAGCUGAGCAUCCUAUAAGUGCCACUUCCCCUUUAUCUGGUAUGCCUGAGUUCUCUCACCUUGGCUGGGGUCAUUGGUUUACGUUAAGAGACCUAGAAAUCGCGACAGAGAGAUUUUCAAAGGAAAAUGUGAUUGGUGAGGGUGGAUAUGGAGUUGUUUACCGGGGCUAUAUGGUUAAUGGGACUGCUGUGGCUGUUAAGAAGCUCCUCAACAAUCUGGGACAAGCAGAGAAGGAAUUCAGGGUGGAAGUUGAGGCUAUUGGUCAUGUGCGGCAUAAGAACUUAGUUAGACUUCUGGGUUACUGUAUUGAAGGAACUCACAGGAUGUUGGUUUAUGAGUACGUCAACAAUGGCAAUUUAGAGCAAUGGCUUCAUGGAGCUAUGCGCCAGUAUGGAUAUCUUACUUGGGAGGCCCGCAUGAAAGUUCUCCUUGGCACUGCUAAGGCGCUUGCCUACUUACACGAAGCCAUUGAGCCAAAAGUCGUGCAUCGGGACAUCAAGUCGAGCAAUAUACUGAUUGAUGAUAACUUCAAUGCUAAAAUAUCUGAUUUUGGACUAGCCAAGUUGCUGGGUGCUGGAAAGAGUUAUAUUACAACCAGAGUUAUGGGUACUUUUGGAUAUGUGGCUCCAGAAUAUGCAAACAGUGGUCUCCUAAAUGAGAAGAGUGACGUUUACAGCUUUGGGGUUGUGGUCUUGGAAGCAAUUACUGGGAGGGAUCCAGUGGAUUAUGGUCGCCCAGCAGAUGAGGUAAAUCUGGUCGACUGGCUCAAAAUGAUGGUUGGCAGCAGGCGCUCAGAAGAAGUGGUUGACCCAACCAUUGAAACCAGGCCCUCUACAAGUGCCCUUAAACGAGCCCUUUUGACAGCUUUGAGGUGUGUUGACCCAGAUUCCAACAAACGACCAAAGAUGAGUCAAGUUGUCCGAAUGCUUGAAUCGGAGGAAUACCCCAUACCAAGAGAGGAUCGAAGACGUCCAAGGAAACAUGGUGGAAACACAGAAGGUGAAAUCCAUAUGGAGACCUCGGACACAGAUAAAAGUGACAUUCCAGUCUUGAAGUCGGAGAUCAGAAGCAACCACAAGGCAUAAUCAAGCAGGCCAAGACUUGUACUAUAAAUUUUGAUCAGCAUAUUAAAAGGUUGUUCCCACAAUCUUUCUGAGUUCUAUGUUUGUCAAGUCGAGAUCAAGGCAGGCCAUCGAGGCAAGGUAUUAAGGGAUUUCAUUGGUCUUUCAGUAUCUUAUCCCAUUUCUAAGGAUGUUGGAGAGAAGAUAUUUUGUGUGUGAAGAUUGAAUUAGGGAUAGCCUACAACUGGUAGUCGAUAGUCUGUACAGGUCUUUGCGGGUUUCUCUUUUCUUUUUAUUUUCCCCCCACCGUUAUCCUUAUAUCAUUGUAGUUGGUAUAACAAUUUAUGAACACUCUCCGUGGAGAAAAGGCAAAGCAUUUGACUUUGUGAUUGCAUUUGAAGAAA